AUGUCAUCAUUAAACAUAAUUGAACUGCUUCGUGUUAUAACCAAUAAAUAUCAAUUCUAUUCCAGUGUCGUUAUUUUAUUCAUUGGACUUAUUGGUAAUAUUUUAAUUAUUCUAAUGUUCAACAUUCUACGUAUAUUUCGAGGAAAUCAAUGUGCUUAUUAUUUAAAAAUUGAGUCUAUGGCUAAUAUUGGUGUACUUCUUGCAAUGUUACCAUCUAAUAUUGCUAGUUAUAUUAUAGGUCGAAAUCCAGUACAUAUAUCAGUUGCUUGGUGUAAAAUACAAUCAAUGAGCUCAUAUAGUUUUGGCUUAUAUUCUUUGUGUACAAUAUGUUUUCUUGCUUUUGAUCAAUAUCUAUCAACAAAUCAUAGACAACAUUGGCGAUAUAUAAGUACACUUAAAUUAGCUUAUCGUCUGUCAUUUUUCAAUAUAACUAUUGUAUUGCUUCAUGGAAUACUCUUUCUUAUUUUUACCCAGACUGGACCAUUAGGAUGUACUGUUUACCAUCCAACAGUAAAUGCUUACUUUACAUUUUUCUAUUAUCCGAUUCUAUCUUGUGUGCUUCCAAUUACUAUCAGUGGUUUAUUCAGUUUAUUGGCAUAUCAAAAUGUUCGUCGAAUUAUUCGACGUCAAAUACCAUUGAUGCGUCGUCGACUUGAUCGUCAAAUGACAGCAAUUGCUCUGACAAGAGUGAUGUGUAUUGUUAGUUUGGGUAUACCAUUUAUUAUUUGGAGUCUAUUUCGACUUAAUAUAACUUAUCAUGCCGACGAUCAUGUGGAAGAGGCCAUCCUUAAUCUAUCAUCAGUAGUUAUAUAUUCUAUUUUAUAUACUAACUAUGCUAUCAAUUUUUAUUUAUUUUUAAUGAUAUCACCACGUUAUCGUCAUCAAGUGAAAUAUUUCUUUAUUAAAAAACUUCGGCGUUCAUUGACAAUAUUAUCUAAUCCCAGAUUAAUAAUUUCAAAGAAUAAUCAAGUUGCUCCAGAACCUACUCAAGCAAGUGCAUUCGUCUUAGAAUGCGUAUAG